AGCGUAUGCGUUGUGCACGAGCAAAGGAAACUAAACGCAUUUAAAAUUUGUUGGACGAGUUUCUUUUCACAGUAUGAGAUAGCUUUCCAUGUACAUGAACAGUUAGUCAGCUCAACAAAUCUGUGCUUUCACCAGUGGGCCCUAUAGACAUACCACGCGAGGAUACCUUGCCAUCACAGGUCAUGCUUCCACAAUUUUAUAGUUGUGCCGCCAAGGCGUGGUCUCUGAAAUCCUUCUUUCUGGUCCUUAUCACAGCAUUCAGAUGCACACAGGCAGGCGAUUUUGCUCUCAUUGCUGACACCGACAACGGAACCAUUUACGCGGGUAGAAUGAGCCAGGAUCUUGGUGACCUGUCGCCCCUCCCUCUCCGAGGAUUGGUGCGCCCGGUGGCAGUUGACUAUGACCCGGUGGAGCAAAUGGUUUACUGGAGUGACGUGGGUAGUCAGCCGUCUCGUAAGAUCUCCCGUGCACAUCUGAAUGGCACAAACCAAACGACCGUCUUGGAUUCCCUUCGCUUACCUGACGGACUGGCGUUGGAUGUUCAGGCAAGGAUGAUUUACUGGACGGAUGGUGUAUUGGGGUAUGUGGGACGAGCAAGCAUGGACGGCACUGGGAAUCGUGAGAUCAUUGUGGACAAUCUCGAUAAACCACGAACCAUUGUAACUGAUCACGGCCGUGGACACAUCUACUGGACGGACUGGGGGACAAGUCCCCGCAUAGAGAGGGCAGAUCUUGACGGUGGGAACAAGAUAACUGUAGUUGGGACUGACCUGUACUGGCCAAACGGAGUCACUAUUGACGGGGACGUCUUGUAUUGGUGCGAUGCUUUCCUCGAUAAAAUCGAGCGAAGCGAUCUUUCGGGUGUCAACCGAUUAGUCUUACUCAACUUGACCGCCCACGGUAACUUUCAUCCGUUCGAUUUGGCUGUGUACGGAAGUGAAAUUUACUGGACGGACUGGAAAGUGGAAACUUUGGUCCAAGUGAACGUGAACGGCAGAGGGGAGCGGAAUUUCGGUCCCUCGAUAUUUCAAAAGGCGGAAGGGAUUCACAUCGAAGAGGAACCAAAUUAUUGUGAUAGCUCCCCCUGUAACAACGGUGCCACUUGUGUGGAUGUUAUCAACGGGUUCAUCUGCCAGUGCCCACUUAGUCACAGUGGAAUUUUCUGCUUCGAAGCUUCUGUCUGUCAACUUUCGCCUGAUCCAACCAAUCUUCUGCGGGUAUCUGACCCGCAGGCGGCGUACCUCCCGGGAGAGUACGUCGAGUACGACUGCCCGGACGGAUACCAACUGGAAGGGUCUGCCACGCAGAUCUGUCGCUCAGAUUUGACCUGGUCAGGGCAGAUACCUAGAUGCAAAGCUUCUGUCUGUCAACUUUCGCCUGAUCCAACCAAUCUUCUUAGGAUGGUAUCUGACCCGCAGGCGGCGUACCUUCCGGGAGAGUACGUCGAGUACGACUGCCCGGAUGGAUACCAACUGGAAGGGUCUGCCACGCAGAUCUGUCGCUCAGAUUUGACGUGGUCAGGGCAGAUACCUAGAUGCAAAGUUAAUCAGUGCGUGUUUACUCUGAACCCAUCGGACGCGCUAACGGUCGUUUCUGAACAGCAAGCGGUGUACGUUCCCGGUGCGGUGGUCCAGUAUGCCUGUCCGGACGGAUAUCAACUGAACGGGUCCUCCUCCCAAAUUUGUCUUUCGAAUCUCACCUGGUCCGGUCAGCCGGCUAGUUGCACACCCAUGAAGACGCCCACUACCAACAAUAAAAACAAUAGUUCAAAAAAUGCCACGCCUGUGGCAAUCGUCGCCGGGGGUGUUGGGGGCGCUGGGCUGAUUCUCGUCAUAAUUUGCGUCGUGGCGAUCACACUCCGGAGGAGACAGAGACGGCGUUUGGGAGUACAGGUGCAAUGUUCAAACACGGCGGAUUACACAUGCGAAGACAUCUUCCCAGAUGAGUAUAGAACAUACACAAGUGCAACCUAUGAAAAGCGAAUUGAACCGUUGUACCAGGAAUCCCUGUUCUGAAGUAUGCAUAGUGAGUUACCGUGAGCAACUAGAAUGAAAGAGCGCCUUCAAGAAGCAAUGAAUGUACUUACCGGUGAUCCUUCGUGAAGUUCAUGAUCAGCGCGUUCGAUUACUUCACUGGCGCUGACCUUUGCAGUUGGUGUCUUCAGUUUGAAACCACGGACGUCAUGUUAAAAAAGCAUUAAAUUUUUUAAUGGGCCUAUAUGACGUCCGUGGUUUAGCAGGCAUGAACACGUGUACAAUAGAGCCUGAAAAUAAAGGUCAUGCAGCGAGCUGUCCUAUCAAGUUCGAUCAUUUUUGGAAGAAGGAUUCCUAACUAAAACCACCCCAUGACACUCAUGUAGGAGUUUUACCUUUGUUUUCCUCAAGCAAUAUUCAGGAAAAGUCACUUGGAGAUGGGUAGAAAACGAAUGUUAUUAACGACCUUUCAUUAUCGGCGGUAUCGUGUCUAUGUCUCCUGUAUAGUUCAUGCACAUUUGUUUUCAAUCCCUGUGCUUAUGUGGAAACGAGAUUGUACAACGUUGCAAAGAUUUACCUACCUACAGUCAAUGGGUUCCUGAUCAUGGACGUAAUUAAAACCCUGGACUUGCACGCCUUUGUAUGAACUUGAAGAAGAAGCCAACCAGCGGCCAUUUUACCGAGUCGAAUACAAAGGCGUGGAUUGGCUCCCCUUUAUUGACGUCAGGAAGAACAAAGGCGGGCAUUGCCAGGAAAGCUCUGUGGGUGCACCACCUGAAAUAUAUUCCCAUAGACAGCAUUGAUACAUCCCCAUACUUCACAAAUAUU